UUUCGGCAACACUGCGUUAUUGAUUAGAUUAGUCUUGUGUGAACACAUGGCAUGUGAAUACCACAUGUGUAUCAUCACAGUGAUAAAUAUCUUCACGAAAAAUACAAAAUUAUCAUACGCUGCCUCCCUUUUUGGAUCUUUCCAACAUUAAAUUAAAACGUCAUUGUUUGCUGACAACAAAAUUCAAAAUAUUGUAACAUGGCCUUGCGCUGGGGAAUCGUAAGUGCGGGCAAGAUUUGCCACGACUUCGUCACCGCCCUCCAAACUCUCCCAAAAUCUGAGCACCAGGUCGUGGCCGUGGCGGCUCGGGCGUUGCCAAGUGCCCAAAACUUUGCCCAAAGCCAUGGGAUUCCUAAAGCUUAUGAAGGUUACAUCAAAAUCGCUGAGGACAAAGAUGUUGACAUCGCGUAUGUUGGAACGCUCAAUCCGCAACAUUUCGAAGUUGCGAAAAUGAUGCUAGAGCAUGGCAAACACGUCCUGUGUGAGAAACCGCUCACGAUGAAUGAGAGACAAACGCGCGCGUUGGUGGAUAUUGCCAAAAGGAAGAAUUUGUUUCUGAUGGAAGCGAUUUGGAGUAGGUGCUUUCCAGCGUACCAGGAGUUGAGGAAGGUUUUGGAGUCGGGCAGUAUUGGGGAUGUGCUUCAAGUGAAUGCCAGUUUUGGGUUCAAUCUAUUAAAUGUUGAAAGACUGAGGUCGAAAGAACUAGGCGGUGGAACGAUUCUUGAUUUGUGUGUUUAUGUUUUGCAAUUUCAACAGUUGGUUUUCAAAGGCGCUACGCCGACGAAGGUGUUAGCUGUUGGUGGUUUGAACAGCGAAGGAACUGAUGAUUACACUAGUUCUCUGUGGACGUACCCCGGCGAUAAGGUCGCAAAUCUGACAACGUCAGCCAAAGCCCAAUACCCCAACGAAGCAGUGAUAGUCGGAACUAAAGGAAUAAUAAGAGUUCCAGAUUUUUGGUGCUGCACGGAGUUUAUUACUCCUGAAAGGACACACCGAUUUGAAUUGCCCAAAACUGAUAUUCACUUCAAUUUCCAUAAAAGCGUCGGCUUGUCAUAUGAGGCCCAACAUGUUAGGGAAUGCAUCAAAGCGGGUAAAACUGAAAGUCCCUAUUUGACUCAUGCGGAAUCAAUCCAGUUAGCCCAACACAUGGACACGCUACAAAAGUUAGUUGGAGUAGUUUUCCCGGCUGAUAACUAAAUUUGAUACCAAUAUUUUUGUACAAUACAAUAUCAAUAAACAGAUCAACCAA